AUAUGCCUCCACCACUGCUGCCUAUGGACCUCAAGGGGGAACCUGGACCACCGGGAAAGCCGGGCCCAAGAGGACCACCUGGCCCACCAGGCUACCCCGGGAAACCGGGCACCGGCAAACCAGGACUUCACGGACAACCGGGCCCUGCUGGCCCACCUGGCUUUUCUGGCAUUGGCAAACCGGGCCUUCCAGGGCUCCCAGGCAAGGCUGGGAUGAAGGGGAUGCCUGGGGUGGCAGGGGAGCCUGGCCCUCGAGGAGAUCAAGGCCCACGCGGCUGGCCAGGGCCGCCGGGUCUGCCUGGACCUGCUGGACUCUCUGUGAAUGGAAAACCAGGUGCAACCGGGAGCCCAGGGCUCCCCGGAUUCCGGGGAGAACCCGGGGCCAAAGGAGAACCUGGCCCCCGAGGCGAGCGUGGAGUGAAGGGUGAGAAUGGUGUGGGGAAGCCUGGACUGCUGGGCCCUCGGGGGAAUGGGGGCCUGCCUGGCCCAGCAGGGCCUCCGGGGCCUCCUGGCCUUGGGAAGCCAGGGCUGGAUGGGCUGCCCGGGGUGCCAGGAAGCAAAGGGGACUUAGGGCUUCCGGGUGAGCCAGGGCUGAGUGGGCAGCCUGGGCCUAUGGGCCCUCGUGGCCCACCGGGUGUGGGUGGCACCGGGGUGCCUGGCAUAGCUGGCAUGCCAGGUCUGCCAGGCCCUUUGGGACCCAAGGGAGAACCUGGUCUUCGUGGCCUUCCAGGGAUGCCGGGCCCUACAGGGUAUGGGAAACCGGGUCUCCCUGGCUUAAAGGGGGACCGUGGGCAGCCUGGAGUGCCAGGAAUCCUUGGAGACAAGGGGGAGCUGGGGAUGGAUGGAGAGCCAGGGGAGAUGGGCCCCCCUGGCCUGGCUGGGGGCCCCGGCCCUCCAGGCUCCAUGGGUUUGCCAGGCAAGCAUGGGCUCCCUGGCCUGAAAGGUGAAGUAGGGCCAAGUGGGCCUAUGGGACCCCCAGGCCUGCGGGGAGAUCAGGGGCCCAGUGGUUUUGGGGGGAAGCCAGGGAUUCCUGGGGAGAGAGGGCUCCCUGGCACCCAAGGGAUGCCUGGCUCAAUGGGUCCCAAGGGAGAAGCUGGCUUCAUGGGGCUUCCUGGGGCUCCGGGCCUUUCUGGGCCCCAGGGUUCAAAGGGAGAUGCGGGGAUCCCAGGCCAACCAGGCCUCCGAGGUCCUUCAGGAAUACCGGGUUUACAAGGCCCCUCUGGUCCCAUGGGGCCCCAAGGUUUGAAGGGCUUGAAGGGCGAACCUGGCCUCCCGGGGGCCCCAGGAAUUGGUAGAGUUGGGGAGCCAGGCAUUAUAGGUCCCUCUGGCCCUCCAGGGGUUCCUGGCAACCCUGGAAUUGUUGGGCUUCCGGGGCCUCCAGGGCCCCCAGGCCCCCCCGGGGCCCCAGGAGUUUUGGCUGCCACAGAGAUUGACAGCCACCACUUGCCAGAUGGAGGUGUCGAAGGAGCAGUGCUGGGGAACGGGAAGCCCGGGAAGCCCCAGUUUGGCCGGGGGGAGCUCUCUGCCCAGAUGUUGCCUGCUUUCACCGCCAUCUUGAGUUCACCCUUCCCAGCCUCAGGGAUGCCUGUAAAAUUCGACAGGACUUUGUACAACGGGCAGAAUGGCUAUAACCCAGUAACGGGCAUCUUCACUUGUCCCAUUUCGGGCGUCUAUUAUUUUGCCUAUCAUGUCCACGUUAAAGGAACCAACGUCUGGGUGGCCCUUUAUAAAAACAACGUACCUGCCACCUACACAUACGACGAAUACAAAAAAGGCUAUUUAGACCAAGCGUCGGGGAGCGCCGUGCUUGAACUCAAAGAAAACGACCAAGUUUGGAUCCAGAUGCCAUCAGACCAAGCCAAUGGUUUGUACUCCACAGAAUACAUCCAUUCUUCUUUUUCCGGAUUCCUUCUCUGUCCCACAUAACGGUCGUUGGGAAUACCUCCUUUUCUCCCCUUUUGUCAUAAACCUGUCUUUCUUGAAAAAUAAAAAACAGAAAAGUCACUGGGAAGGAUGGUGCAAGCAACAAUUGCUUUGACCCAGCCAAGAAGAGCAUCCGGGGGAGAGAACAGCAGUUGCUGGACCAUCUUUGGAUUUGGAAUUCAAUUUAUCCUUGUGACGGCAUGGCACGCCAAGCCCACCGAGGCUGCCCAUCGUGUCUCUGGGGAGGCGAAGGCGGCCCUUGAAAGUCAGAAGGGGUUGGGAAAGCUGCAGCAGCAAUAGCAUUUAACGUCGUGGGGUUCCUUUAUCACCUGAAGGCACCACCUUCCUUUGUUUAGCUCUUUUAAAAUGUGAUUUCAGUCAUGGCCUGAGGCAUAAUGAAGACCCAGAAGGGUGAAUUAUGAAAUUCUGGAAUGCUUUGCUUAAGCAUCUUUUACACAAAGCUCUAUGUAUCUUUAAAGCAUCCCAUUAGAUGUUUAUGGGAAAAGGGAUGGCAAGUGAGCUAUUAUUUCAAUGCCAUGCAGAGACUUCUAAAAUCAACUGGAAAAGCAGGACUCCUUAUGUUUAAGAGCCCCUGGGUAAAUCAGCUGGCCAUAUGUACAUCAGGUGCAAGACACUACCUGUACUGAACUCCGUAAAAUAUUUGAUAUCUUUUUUUUUUAAGUAAAACUCUUGGUUUCCCUUCAGUAAUUUCCACAAUGGUGCUAUUAUUAUUAUUAGCUCCUUUAAAAGACAUUUUGAGUAGUGCAAUAUCCUUUUGAAAAAGGCGCAAAGUGUAGUGUGCAAAUAUUUUCAUUAUUUAGGAAUAACUUCACUGUCUGGUGUAUGCAUGUGUAAUACACACACACACACACACACACACUUUAUCUCAAUAAUGCUUGAAAUAUCUCUUAACUGAGUUACAGUUCACAGCUUUUGGAAACAAUAGAAUAAACUUUGAUGAUGUGAAUUUAUCUUAGCUAAUUAGAAACAAUCAAAGCCUUGGUCUUGUACAAUGCUUUUUUAAAGUAGCAAUCUGUUCCCCUUAAAUGCUAAAAAGAGGGUUCUCUCAUCAAAAGAAAUAAUAGCACAUAAAAAUAUGCUAAGGAUUCCUUUCUGCAUAAAUUAUGAAGAAAAUAGAUGGAUUUAAUUAACUAUUCUUUUCCUGGGUCCAGAAAUGGCCAGAGCAGCCUGGUAUGUUUUCCAGAUUGACUGUAAACAUAAACAUUUCAACAACUCCAUAAUUGCAAUCAGCACUGAAUUUGUUGGCAAACAUUCUAGGGUUUCACUUGAGUGAGAAACGCCAUACCCUGAACGGUAAAAACAACAGGCAAGAAGGAUGCCGGGGAAUAAGAUAUUUAAGUCAUCUGCUAUUUUAAAUAUUCUACCCACUGGCUUUUUUUCUUUCCUAUCAUCCUCUUUUAAAACUGAAGCCGAUUUGUCUGAUUUAGGCACAAC